CGGUGAUGUUGGGGGUGGGGGGAAGUUUGAAGUGGAAGGUGCCAGAGACGCGCUCGGGGCUUGCUGCGGCAUGGCCGGGGCCGGGGCCUGCCCGCGGGAGCUUAGCCUCAUGGACAGGGGCGUGCGGAGUUUGUUGGAGCUAUCUUUAAACUCAGAACUUCAUACAAUCAACCUACACUGUAACCAGAUCUCCAAGAUUGAAGGGCUUGGCUGCCUGUGGAAUUUGCAGUAUUUAGAUUUGUCAUCUAAUCAAAUAAGCAAGAUUGAAGGACUAAGUGCUCUUACUAAUCUGCGCACCCUAAAUUUGUCCUGUAACUUGAUAACAAAAGUGGAGGGACUGGACAAACUGUUUAAUUUAACAAAACUGAAUUUGUCAUACAACCGUAUACGUGAUCUGGGUGGAUUUCUGUACCUGCGUGGAACCAGUCAUAAGAUUAGUCACAUUGAUCUCCAUAGCAACUGCAUAAGUAACAUUAACCAUUUACUCCAGUGCAUGGUAGGACUGAACUAUUUGACUAGUCUUACUUUAGAAAAAAAUGGAAAGAAUAAUCCAAUCUGUGACAUAACAGGUUACAGAGAAAUCAUUCUACAGACUUUGCCCCAGCUAACAGUCCUAGAUGGAAGGAAUAUAUUUGGUGAACCAGUAAAUGUGAUUGAAGAGCAUUCAGACUUGCAAUGUUUAGAAGGCCUUUUAGAUUGCUUGGCUUCAUCCAGUUCCCCAUUAAAUGAUAACCAGAAUUGCAUUGACUUGCCAGUAAUCACACCUCAUAUUGACCAAGUGUUGGCUCGGUUUUGGCAACGUGGAAACAUGGCAAUGCAAAGCACCUGCAGUUCUUCUACAGAGCCAGUUUCUUCAGAACCAGGAAGAGCUAAACUUGAUAGCAUACCCAGUGAGAUAAGGAUAAGAAAAUUAGAGGAUCAAAUUUCACAGCUUUUGCAAAAGGUGUCUCAUUCUUCAAGUAGUGGAGCUCCUCUAGUUGUUCUUAAAGCUAAGAGAGACACAGAUCUGACUUCUGAAAGCGAGUGUGAAAUUGGAAAGGAGAACAACAGAAACGUGGCUAAAAGAAGCAAGAUCCCUACUUAUCGUAAAGUUAACUUGUCUUCUAAAAACCAUGCAAACAAUCUGAAAGGCAAAAUAACUGCCAGAGGGGAAAAGAGUUUCUUAAAAUCAAAGCAUCCCAACUCUCAAACAGAAGAAGACUCGCAUGCAAAUUCAGCUUCAGAAACACCAGAUUUGGAAGUAAUAGGAAAAUCAGCCAGAAUGUUGAUGGGAGGACAGGAUCAAAUAAAAAAAGUAGAAGAUGCAAACCCAAGUGCUACAGAAGAAUCCACUUACAGAGCUCUUGUUCAAGAACUGGAUCAGGAGAAAGAGAGAAGGUGGAAAGCUGAACAAGCUGAAAAGAAAUUGAGAGACUAUGUCAAAGAACUGCAGAAACAAGCAAAAGAAGAAAAGAAUGUUCAAAGUAUAGCAGUGCAUACUACUGAUAGAUUAAAAGAACUGAUGUUGAGGGAAAGAAGUACAAAAACAAAAUUGCAGGCUGAUGUCCAACAAUUGAAGGAUGAGCUUGAAAGACUUACUAAUGAGUUAAAUCUUGCAAGAAAUAAAGAACAACAACAACAAAAGGCCCUACAGACCUUAGAAGAAACAUUAUCCAAAGUGGAAACACAAAGAGUACAACACCAAGCAACAGAGAUGAAGCGGAUUCAGGAGAUAGAACUUAAAGCUUCAGCAAAUGAGAGAGAGGUACAGUUACUUCGCAUAGCUCUCCGACAACAAAAAGAAAAGGUGCAACAGUUACAUGAGCUUCUUUCAUUAAGAGAGCAAGAGCACAGGAAAGAGCUGGAAAGCCGAGUUGCUCUGAAUGGACCUGAAUUUCAAGAUGUUCUGUCAAAACAAAUGGCUAAAGAAGAAAAGAGGCAUGAACAGCAUGUUAAAGAAUUUCAGGAGAAAAUGAAUGUGUUAAACCAACAGUAUAUGGAGUUAGAAAAUGAAUUUCGUUUAGCUUUAACUAUUGAAGCAAAAAGGUUUAAGGAGGUUAAGGAAAGCUUUGAGAAUGUUGCUGCUGAGCUAGCAGAAUAUAAGCAGGUCCUUUUUCAGUCUCAGCAAAAGGAAAAGCAGUCAGCUACUCUGAUUCAAGAGCUAACAUCCAUGGUGAAAGAACAGAAAGCAAGAAUUACAGAAGUAGUUCAAUCAAAACAAGAAAUAGCUGGAAAACUAAAGAAUAGAAUCCAGACACUUGAGACUUUGGCUGAGGGGGACAAACAUAAGUCUGUUCAAAUUGAACUCUUGAAACAGGAAAAAUCAAAACUUAUUUCUCAACUGACAGCCCAGGAAUCUGUAAUUGAUGGAUUAAGAAUGGAAAGGAAAGUAUGGGGACAAGAGUUGGCACACCAAGGAGCCUCUCUCGCCCAAGACCGUGGAAAACUGGAAGCAAAAAUUGAAGUUUUAACUAACGAGAUUGAGGGCUUGAGAAAAAAAAAUGAACGUGACAGUGACACUCUAAAAAUUAAGACCAAAAUAAUCGAAGAUCAGACAGAAACAAUUAGGAAAUUAAAAGAGCGUUUGCAGGAAAGAGAUGAACAGAUCAGAACACAGCGUCAAGAAAAUGCUGAAAUCCAAAAGACUUUUCAGGUACAAUUGGAUGAAAGAGCUGCACAAUUGGAAGAGCUACUGGAAAAAUUAGACAGGCAAAAUGAAAGAAAAGAGGAAUUAAACCAACUUCUGGAAGAAAAAGAAGUAGAACUUGAAGAUGUUAGGAAAAUGUACAGCACAAUGAAUAAGAAGUGGCAAGACAAAGGAGAAUUAUUAAGCCAGCUGGAGAUGCAAGUAAAACAAAUGAAAGAAAACUUUGAUAUCAAGGAAAAGAAGCUGAUUGAAGAGAGAAACAAAAGUCUUCAGACUCAGAAAGUUGCAAUGGAAAAGCUUCGUUCAAUGGAUGAUGCCUUUAGAAGGCAGCUUGAAUCAACACUAGCAGUUCAUCAAGCAGAACUAGCGCGACUGGCAAAUGAAAAUCAAAGACAAAUUGAAGCAGCAAAUGAAAAGGUUUACCAAGUUGAAGAGGAAAUGCGUCAUCUCCUGCAAGAAACUGCAAACAAUAAAAAGUCUAUGGAAGAGAAAAUAAGACGACUGACAAGUGCACUUAGUGACAUUCAGCAAGGCCUUUGAAAUAUGUGAUACCUUUCAUUUGACAAUCAUGAUCCUCUUCUUACUAUAAAAGGAAUUGCAAGAAAAUAUAUACAGCAAUAGAGAUAAUAUAUUUAUUUUAUAUAAUUGUUUUUAGUUUUCUAUUUUUGCAGUUUUCUAUGAAAUGGUUAUUCCUAGGGAAAAUUGUUAUUAUGUAAUUUAUAUUUUGAAUGUUCAUGGAUCAGGUUUAUUAAGGAUUGUACAGUAUUUUCAUAAUAAAUAAUUACAUCAGUUGUA